UUCUGUGAUUGCAAAUUGUAUUGUAUCGUGUGCAUUAUUAGCAGUUUUAUAUAUUUACUAUAAAUAUGUAAUUAAUCUGAACUCUGCCCUACAUAAAAGUGACGCCUGAUGAACUGCGUGCAUGUACUGAAGUUACGCACGUUUAUAAAUCUCUGUUCAUGUUUACGCCUGUAGCGGAGCGCACAGCAGACAACAUUCCAGCAGCACGCUGUCACCUACGUAACUUGCGUACGUGAUUUCCAGCGCACACGAACAGCCUCACAUCCACCUGACCAGCCCACAGACCACACCUCUCGCUCGGCCGUCCUCCUGGACAUCAUAACAGUCGCCGACAGUCUGCGCGCGGGCCUCGAUCGACGCUCGUGUCAGACCUGCUGUGGGUGUGUGCAUGCAGCAUAAUGGAGCAGGCGAAACCCCGAACGGAGAGCCGCCUCCGCUUUCCUUCAGCGCAGCAGCUCCGCUUCAAAUGGCAACAUCACGGGUGAGGAGGUUCGCGCAGGAGGGGCGGACGGUCCCUCCUCAGCCGAGAGUAAUGGUGGUGUUUUCGGCUGCGAGUGACACUGAGAAACAGGGAGAUGCGAUGUCGGGCGCGGACACCGGGGAAGAGGAGUAUCGCAAACCAGCCAUACCUGUCCCUAACCUUAAUCUAGGGAAGUCCCUUCGCACUUUAGACGCACCUGAGGAGUUCCCAGAGGUCAUCCCCCUGAAUGUAGGAGGUACAUAUUUCACCACUCGGCUGUCCACCCUGCAACGUUAUGAGGACACAAUGCUGGCUGCCAUGUUUAGUGGCCGCCACCACAUUCCCAGGGAUGCAGAGGGACGAUAUUUCAUCGACCGAGACGGAGCAUAUUUUGGGGACAUUCUGAAUUUCUUGCGAGAGGGAGAGCUGCCUCAGAGGGACCGUGUUCGUGCGGUGCACAGAGAAGCUCAGUAUUAUGCUAUUGGGCCUCUUUUGGAAAGUCUGGAAGACACUCAGCCACUUACUGGAGAGAAAGUGCGACAGGCUUUUCUUGAUCUUUUGCCCUAUUAUAAAGAAAAUCUUGAGCGCAUUGUGGAGAUUGCAAAACUUCGUGCCAUGCAGCGGAAGGCACGUUUUGCAAAACUGAAGAUCUGUGUGUACAAGGAGGAGAUGCCCAUCACCCCUUAUGAAAGACCGCUGUUCAAUUCGCUACGAUUUGAGCGCUCGGAGAGUGAGGCCAAGCUGUUUGAGCACCAUUGUGAGGUUGACGUGUCCUUCGGGCCCUGGGAGGCAGUGGCGGAUGUUUAUGACCUUCUUCACUGCAUAGUAAGCGACCUGGCAGAGCGUGGCAUCUCUGCUGACCAGCAAUGCAUUGGCGUGUGUGACAAACACCUCAUCAACCACUACUACUGCAAAAGGCCAAUCUAUGAGUUUAAAAUCACCUGGUGGUGAAGGUGAGGUGUUUUAGCUGGUGUUUCUUUUGCCAAGAACUAAUACACGCAAGUCUGAGCAAAUGAUGUUUGCUGCUGUCUACAGUUACAUGAAACCAGCAGGAUCAUAGAGUCCUACUCUAUGUAGGAAAUGAGCGGAAAUAAUGACAAGCUUUUGAAUAAGAUGGCUGUUAUUGUGGCAUUUGCUCUUUUGUUUCUUCAUGAAACUGCAGUUUGCAACCCCAAAUUUCUUUUAUGGGCAGCUCUAUUGAUUCCUUAGUUUUUGUAAGUACUUGUUUAACUUAGUUUGUUUAGAAUAAACCCGGAAUCGUUUCGUCCAGUUGUAGUUCUAAAGGGAUUUUCUGGAAUCGUCCUCAGAGGAAGUGAACUUCUGUGAAACAGUGUUUUCUGUUCUAAAUAGGACAUCUCUUAAGUAUGUUUCUGUGUUAGAUGUAUUGAAUGUAUUAACAGUUUGAUCGAAGAAUCAGUGCACUGGACCCAUAUUCGGAAAUUGUUUGUGAUGUAUUUCUUAAGAAGGAAACUUUUUUUUUCCCUACAGUAUUUUAAAAUGAUUUUACCCCAUUUGUUUUACAUGAAUUAUAUAUGUAGGACCUGAUCUGAGUCAUGUUGCCAAUAAUGAACACCUUAGAUCAUGCAAUCUCAGCAGAUACUGACUUUAACAAGAAUACAAAGGUCUUGUCUGGUAUUUACAGCCACUCAAAGCUUCACAUAAAGCCUUCUAAAAUAACCACACAUCACUAGGCAAGCAUAAAAGUUUUGAUUUAUGACAAUAAAUAAACUGUUCUCAAAGGAGAACCCAAAAUAGAUUUUUUUUUCUUUUUUUAGAAUAAGUUUAUGAGCUAGAUUUAAUAUGUCCUGAAUAUGAAUUAAAAGCAGUAUAUUUAAAAUUAUACUAAAAGACUUAGCCAUUUUAUUGCAGGUUAGAUUGCCUAUUUUGCUACUUUGACACUUUAUGAAGUUAUUUUCUGCUGCCAAAAGCAUUUGUCCAUGCUUUUAUUUGCCAUAUCCCUCAACAAUUGCAUAUGAUUUAGCAUUAUUUGUUAUUUUAGUCAUCUGAAACCUCUGCCUCUCAUUGGUGAGGGUUGUGAAAGCCACAUGAAGUUGCAUGAGCUCUGUUUUGGCAGCAGAAUAUCUAAAACCAGUUAAAAUGCUUUUGAUAAGCCUAACUGGGAUUUAUUUUCAGUCUUGCCCAGUUUACUUUAUGUUGCUCAAGUCUAAACCGAUGCAUAUUUGUUCUCGGUUGUACAUUUGGUGAAUACUGUUGUUUGUAUUGCAUUAUUGUACUGGCUCUUA